AUGGAGAAGGUAGAGGAGGAGUUGGAGGUGGUGGUGGUGGUGGACUUGCAGACCAAACAGCAGCAGAUCCUUAUGGUGGAGUCGAUGGGGGCUCCACUGAGAAGGUCGAGUGGAGAGGGUGGAGGAGGAGGAGGAGGUGGAGGUGGUGGUGGACCUGCAGGCCAAACAACAGCAGAUCCCUGGGGUGGGGUAGACGGAGACUCCACUGAGAAGGUCGCGGAGCAGGGAGGGGGAUCCAAGACGGGGCACCGAGACCCCCGCCCGGGCCCCAGGGAGGAGGAGGUGGUGCUGGGGGCCCCCCGGCAGACAGGCACCGCGUCCUGGGUGAAGAAGAAACUGCCCUUGGCCCCAACGUCUGGGGGGCGUGAGGUGGCGCGCCUCACCGCCCUCUCCAGGAGACACAGCGCGGUGGGAGACCUGAAGAGCCGCUGGCAGGGCUGGGAGUCGGCCCACAGCCACACCCAGAAGCUCAACCCCUUCAGCGCGGGCUUCGACCCCCAGUACUCCAUGUCGUUGAGGCUCCAGCCGGGCGAGGAGGGCUACGGCCGGCCGAAGGAGGGCACCAAGACGGCGGAGAGAGCCCAGCGAGCCGAGCGCCACAUCCACGGCGAGAUCGACGACCUGUGCCACGUGAUCCGCCGCAUGUCGCGGGAGGACGAGGCGGACGGCCGGAGCUGCGUGACAUUCGGCGCACUGUUCGAGCGCUACGUGCGCGUCUCCGACAAGGUGGUGGGGAUCCUGCUGCGGGCGCGCAAGCACGGGAAGGUGGCGUUCGACGGCGAGAUGCUGUGGAAGGGACAAGACGACGCGGUCGUCAUCACCCUGCUAGUGUGAUGGGGGAAGAGGGAGGGAGGGAGGGAGGGAGGGAGAGGGAGAGAGUUGGUCAGUAGACAGAGGCUACUCUCUCUCCACCUCUGGUCCUGAUCUUCUCUGCUUGUUGUACCUGAAUUAGGAGGAUGGGAAUUCACUGUGUCCGUGUGUGUGUGUGUGUGUGUGUGUGUGUGUGUGUGUGUGUGUGUGUGUGUGUGUGUGUGUGUGUGUGUGUGUGUGUGUGUGUGUGUGUGUGUGUGUGUGUGUUCGGAAGACUCCAUUCUGUAAUUGAGAACAAGUUGUGUAAUUCUUUAAUGUUUUUCAUUGCAAUU